CCACUCCCCAGCUCAGAUGCCUCACCGGGGACUUCACAAUACUCUGGCUUAUCAUUACUACGAACUGAAGGUAGACUCCCGCCUAUCCUCGUCCAUCUAGUGGUCGCUGGGUUGAGUUUGCUCUUCAACACCAUCUCAGCCCCACAUCCCAACUGUCUGUCGCGUCCUCAAUCUUCCAUCUUGCUGUCCCCUGGCGUUCUUCUUGCUGGCACUCGGAGCUGUUUGCCAUAAAACGCGCAUUACAGAAGUGAUACUAGUAAUAGACUUAACCUUCAAGGCUUUUCAAGAGGAACAAGAUCUCGACACCAAUGUUCUCCGCAUGAUUUGUCCGGGGGCGUGCUGUCAGUGAUACUGUAUCCCCAGACUCUCGUCUCUAUGGGGCCCCCUCGGCCUGGACAUCAGCUAAAGCAUCCGCCGCCAACUGCCUUUCCCCUUUAUUUCUCCAGAUCAAUCCCCGGGCCGGGACUGCUCAACCUUGGUUGAACAAACACAAUCCUCGACUUGAGGCCCAAACUUUCCCUAGGGUCCAGCCACGCUCACAUUGAAAACAGAUCAAUGAUCAUAACAGCAGAAUUGUCUUUCGACUCCUAACACCGUUAGAAUCAGAGACACGGAGUAUAGCUACACUUUUAUAUAAUUGUUCGCUCGCACCCCACAGCUUACGUUGCGACUCUCAACAACACUAGGUAGCAAUCCGACGGUUUAUAAAUUGGCUUUGUGGCAAUUGAGUUCAAGCUCACGGAACCGGAAGUUCCCAGGCUUGCGACAAGUCCCAUAACGAUCUACCGGACACGUUCCAUCGGCAUAUGGUGUCUACUUGAGACGCCGAGGCAUUUCUUAUUGCUACCAAUACUCAUACAAUAUACUAGCUGUCUGAUGAAAUACUAAGGCAGUCCUCCUUACAGGUGGCUACGACUCCCUUCUCUCAUCGUCACAGCUGUCGACAAGAAGUCACUGUCCGCCGGCGUCAGCAGGCCCCCAGAACUAUCACCAGAGUCCCUGUUUCUGUGCAAAGCGUUCCAUACCGUCAGAAGAUCUGGUAAACGACCUUCAGGGCCGGCCCAACGCUCACCAACUAUUUGUGAUCACUAUCACAGAUCACUAAUCUACAAGCCAACAAAAUGGCCACCGUCGCCGCCACGGCAGCCGCGGCGGCAGCAGGGCUCUUCUACGCCGACCGUAAACUAGGCGUGUCGCGGGACAUAACACAAUAUCGUCUGGAGCAGUCAUUCGCUAAGCGGUUUCCGGAAUUCGUGGGAAAACUUGGUCCACAAUCACCACAUCUAUACCGAAUGCUCGAGCUGGCGGACCCGACAGCCGAGGCGAUAUGGUUCGAGGGACGAUCAUGGAACUAUCGGGCCAUGAAGCAGCAAGUCGACGAGCUGGCCGUGGGGCUGCAUGAGACGCUGCAGGUCAAGAACGGGGACAUUGUGGCGGUCUUCAUGACCAACUCGCCCGAGAUGGUCUUCACCGUGUACGCGUUGACCAGACUAGGAGCGGCCCCGGCUCUGAUCAACAACGCGCUACGAGACGAGACGCUGCUGCAUUGCGUGCGUCUGCCGUCGUCCAAGCUGAUUCUGACAACGCCGGAUCUCGCCGUCCACGCGGCCACGGCGGCCAAACUGCUGGACAAUCAAGGUGUCGUCAAGACAGUCAGCUUGAAUCUGGGCUCGUUUCGACCAACAACAGUAUUGCACGAGGAUAGCAACAACAACAACAUCCUAGACUUCCCAUUGCCCGACCACACCCGUCCUCAACCACCGGUGUUACCCCCUAUACCACCGAAAUCUCUAUCCUCGGUCGCGGCACUGAUCUACACCUCCGGGACGACGGGCAAGCCCAAAGCCUGCCGGGUGAAGAACGCAUUGAUCUGCGGUGUAUCACUUCGCACAUCAAUUGACGACACGGACCCGCAGAAAUACCUGGCCAACCUACGAAUAUACUCGUGCAUGCCGAUUUUCCACGGAACGACCUUCUUCACGGGCCUAUGCUACAGCGUAGCCAACAACGGAUGUUUUUGCGUCGGCCGCCGGUUCUCGGCACGCAACUACUGGCGAGAAGUGCACGAGAGCCGGGCGACGCGGAUCCUGUAUGUUGGCGAACUAUGUCGGUUCUUGCUAGCGACGCCAGCUACACGCUACGACCGCGACCACAUGGUGCUAGUGGCCGCGGGAAACGGCCUCCAGAAGGACGUGUGGGUCGCCUUCCAGGAGCGGUUCCGGGUCGACGAGGUGCGUGAGUUCUACCGCUCGACUGAGGGCCUAGUCAAAUUCGACAACAUCCACCGUCGCGGCCGUCCCGGCGCCGGCAAGGUCGGGUACCUGGGCGUGUUGAGGAAAAAGUUUCUCGAAAAGGAUCAGUUCAUCGUCAAAUUCGACUACGAAUCCGAGAUGCCGCUGCGAGAUCCCAAAACGGGUUUCUGUCAGGUAGCUGACCGAGGCGAGCCCGGCGAGGCCAUUGCCCGUAUUCACAACUUGGACACAUAUACCGAUUACCAUGCCAAUAGGGACGCGACCGAACAGAAACUUUUGAGGAAUGUCUUUGCACCUGGCGAUUUGUGGCAGCGCAGUGGUGAUCUUCUGGUUCAGGAACCAGAUGGCUGGGUCAAGUUCGUCGACCGUAUCGGCGACACGUAUAGGUGGAUGGGCGAGAACGUCUCCGCCGGUGAGGUCAGGGCCUUGAUCUCCGAAUUGCCUGGUGUCAGGGACGUUGUUGUCGUGGGGAGGAGAUUGGACCGCUAUGAUGGCCAGGUGGGCACUGCGCUGGUUGUGCUGGAUACUAGUGGUACCAGUACUGGCGAAAAGACGGCACAGGUUUCGAGUGCAGAUGCAAAGACGGAACAGCAGGUGGAUGCAGAAGAAAAGGGUCUUGUCGCAGUGACGUCUGGAGAUGGAGACAAAGAAGCAAAGUUCAUGGCGUCUCUCUACAAGGCCCUCCGGGCAAAAGGUCUCCCGCGCUACGCUAUCCCGCGCCUCGUCAUGGUUCGCACAGAUGGCCUCAUUGACGUCGGGGAUACGUUUAAGCAUGCGAAAAUGGUGGUCAAAAAUAUCGAUUGGGCUGGCAAGAGUAGCAGCACUGGCAAUGGCGGAAACCGAUACUAUCUCAAUCUCGAGGAGGAGCGGUUCAAGCCUUUGGAUCAGGGUGCAUGGGCGAGCAUCGAGCUGGGAAGGGCCAAAUUAUGAGAUGUGACAGACCAGGCAGAGCCAUAUUGGGAGAUUGUAAGUUCGUACGAACGGUCGAAUGUGCAUACGUUCCGUUGAGAGGGUGUCGAAGAGGCCGGAACCUGCAGGCCCAUGCCACAGGACAGUACUAGAAUACAGGGAGGACUGGGGUAGGAUAUAGGUAGUCACAUCACUCAAUCAUGCGAAACGAACGGUACCUAACUUAAGGGUGAAGAACUUCAAGAUUUGCUGAUCUGUUUCGCUGGUCUGGUCUCUUGCUCUAUAGGAUAUAAAUGCAAGCUCGAAGAUGUUAAUCGACACAAGACUUGACACUACAGGAGUCGUCUUGGGUGAUGAUGGUACUACUGUACCACAAAUCUGAGCCUGUACUCAGACUACAACUUCGACUCUACUCCGACUCCGACUUCGAUCCUGGCAUUUUAUAUCUGCUCGGACAGGCCGGAUCCAAUCCACGACCAUCCUACCAUCGCUCUUGAUCCCGUCCACUGACGAAGAGACA